AUGAACUCCAAAAUGCAGAAAUCCGAGAUGCAUAAACUUACGUAUACGUAUGCGGAUGAGAAGAAUGCUCGUGGUGAGGUAUUGGAUCGGAAGUUUACAGUUAAGGGAAGGAAGAGGGAGGUGACUGUUCACCUGAAGUCGGAAUAUACCCGCAGCAUGAAUAAGUCUGAAGGAUCCACGGUUGAAAAAACUGCCACAUGUUCAUGCAGCAAGCCGCAGCUACUUCACAAGCCUUGCUCUCAUGUUAUCGCCAUCUGUUGUAAGAUUGGGGUUAGCUCUGCUACAUACAUGUCCCCAUACUACAGCCUGCCCUACCUAGGUAGGACCUGGAGUGGAAUUUUUGAUGAAUCUAAGAUCUCACGCGACUACAGAAAUAUCAUACCAUUUGGAUGCACUACCUGGAUCCCAGACAAAAGAUUGGAGUCUGGUCUUCCUGUUUUUGUAACACCGGAAUGCCUAGCAACUGUCACGGAGGAGUUAGAGCAACAAUGCAGCACUGGAAAUGGAUCAACUGAAGACAAUCAAGGAUCGACAGCACGCUCAGAAGAACCUAAUUAA